ACUUCUUCUCUCGAAAUCUUUUAUUCCUCAUACAGGAUGCACACAUCCUCAACAAUCCUUUAUUUUGUCAGCCAAAGACAAAGAGAUAUUGUAACUUGUAAUAGUAUAAUGGUAUGAUAGACAGUAAAGAGUCUACCGCAGACUGUAUCGUGGGAAAACUUUUUCUUGUUUACGGCUGUGGAGCGCAGUUAGCAGCAAACCAAAUCGUGUUCACCGUAGUCCAACGUAACUGUCGGUUCAGUAAUCUUGGUUUCCCUGCGCGGCUCUCUUUUCUGCCGAGCAUGUUGCCACCAGCGUCACCAACAAGAAAGACAAUUUCCAAUUUCAUUCUGGAUUCCGGAACUCUGAACGCGAGCUUGUCGGUCGACAGUUGGCCACAGAUUCUUCACUUUCGUAGUCCAAUUCAUGUUUCGAACUGGAAAAAACAAUCGACGAUCCGAUCUUAAACCCAUUAGCACCCGGUUCCGUCAAAUGCUGCCGCUGCAGCUGCAUGGGCGAUUGCUAAGCAGAUCAACAAGAGAUGCUGUACUCACACACUGGAGUCGCUCAAUUGCGCGAAUGAAGCCCGGCCAGCGGAAUUGGGUGAUCGCUCCAUCGGCUGAGUGAUGCUGCGCGUAGUAAUUGCUUUCCAAGAAGACCACCCCACAGUUCCGGGUGGAAUUUGAUCCAACACAGGCUGCCCCGAAAGACCGACCCAGCGAUUUUAUGAAUUCACCAGGCACGAUGUAAGUUGCAUUCUCCCGGGGGAUCAUCUUGCAUCUCUUUACACGUGAAGAAACCCGAUGGGUGCGAGGACGCAACGCCGAUGCAGAUUUCGAAGUCUCUGCGCGAUAGCUAGAUUAUUGCCGUCUUGAAGCUGAAACUGAUUCCUUUGCUUAAAGAAAAGUCGAUCUCUUGGUACUCGAGUUCGGCCAAGAAAGCGUCCGGUCCUGGGGUGGAAACCGUUACUCGCGAGCAGGAGCAGGUCCAGAGAGCUUGGCUAUGCAUGAAGAUGCCGCCAGAGCCAAAUGUUUCGAAGGGCAGCAUAGAAUUCGAGCGCGAGAUGCGAGGCGAGUGAGGGAAUUGGUCCAUGGAGCGGAAAGGAAAGAGGCCGAAGGGAUGGACGGACGGGCGUUGUUUCUGCUGUGGCUGCGCAAAAUUUGCAAAGAUAAUAUUUCUCCUGCUGGCUGCUCUCAUGGUCGUAAAUAUCGCAACGGGGUUCCGGUUCAGUAGCCCGGUACUCAUAGAAGGAAUCCGCAGCCUCUGCUUCCAGCUGUGCCCGUCCGAGGUGCAGCCUCUGUUCGAGCCGAGGGAUCGUCUCGAAGUUCUGUAUGCAGAGCAGUGUCAGCGCACAGCCGCCACCUUCGCCGAUUCCUAUAACAGGACGCUGCACUCUUAUGCCAAUGCAGACACGGAUGAAGCUCGGCUGAAAUACGCUCUGAGCGAGAUGCUGGGCGAGAGGUUCACGAUGGCGCUCGAGAGGAUGCUGAACAAACCCGGGUAUGCUUUCAUGCGGCCUCGGUUCAUGCUCAGGAUGAAAACGCUGGCCAAGAACAUGCGCAUGGGGUACGACCCUCGAGUGAUGCAGGGCUUGGUUGAUAAUGUGAAAACGCACAUCGACAUGCACUACCAGGCCAUAAACUCGUCCGCCCCCGUAAAUCUCCAUCAGCGUUAUAAAUCAUGCGUGGUCGUGGGCAACAGCGGCGAGCUGCUCAACAGGACGGGCGGAAGUUUCAUCGAUGAGCACGACCUGGUGGUUCGAAUCAACAACGCGAAGGGGAGGGAGCCAGUGGAGAAGAAGCGGCCCCUGUCGGAUUUCAUCGGCUCGAAGACGACGCUGAUGUUUAUGAACAGCCAUAUUUUGCACCAGUGCACAAAGAACCGCAAGUGCUAUUGCCAUCCUUAUGGCAAACAUGUGCCCAUCGUCUUGUACCUCUGCGACGUGGAGCAUAUACUGGACGUAGCCAUCUGUGGAGGUGAGCACAACUCCCCAUUGUUCGUCACAGAUCGGCGAUUCGAUUUGCUCGUGACGAAGAUUGCUCGCUGGUACUCAAUCAGGAAUUAUUUCCAGCAAGCGGGAGGCGCUAACGCCUCGAAAUGGAGACAGUGGGAACUGCUCCAUGAUUGGGAAGCCAAGCACAAGCACGAACAUCAUUACUCUUCUGGUAUGCAAGCGGUUGUGUUAGCUCUUGGACUCUGUGAACAUGUGGAUCUCGUGGGUUUUGGCAAGACGUUGCAGUUCAGGCAUCACUUUCACAGCAGUCAACUCCGAGAGCACUACGCUCAUGAUUACGAAGCAGAGUACCAGUUCUACGCUGAUCUUGAGAAUCACCGUGUUGAUAACAAUCCGUUUCUGUGUGAGGCCGGCACUUAUAUACCACCCCUUCGAGUCUUGCACUAGAUCCUCACCAGCUCUAAGAAAGCUCAUGCCAUUUGACAAUCGGUGCUCGUCAUGCUUUGACUCGCUCUAUUGAGCUGACUCGGUCCCUUUAUUUGGUAUCUCUUCAUUUGUUCCGUCCGAUUGAGCUCUCUUCUCUUCUUAUCAGCCACUUACAUGGCCAGUGAAAUACUUGUUGAACGAGACGACCGAGAAGAUUUUUUCCUGCUUGUGCCGGUUGGAGGUCUUUUUAAAACUAGCUCCAUGUUGGAGCUGUCGAAUACUGCAUGCAGAUCGAUGAGCACCUUGAGCAGUUAAAAGAAUGUUCGGACUCUUGAUUCAGAGGUGCAUGAGAAGUCCCACAUCUUGAGGAUCAAGAUGAUUUCAUGGAGAUCGAAGCCUGUCGUAAGAACCACGGCUGACAUGUAUCAACUAAAAAAUUUGGAUGCGGGAUGCUCUGGUCACUGACGAUCUUCUUUCGAAGAGAUCAGGUACUAUGAUGGUGUCGUUGCAGAAUUCCAAGUUCUACUUUUGAGUGAUGAGUACUACUCGGUCGGCCAGAGCAGUCUACUAAGAAUUGGUGGAAGCGGUCUUUUUUGGACAAGAUACAGAUUAGAAGUUGAAUCUUGUGCACAACGGCCUGCUCAAACAAGGGUAUCCCAUAUUUGCAUCAACGGGCCAUGUGCUCUUAGUAAUCUGAAACUGAGAGGGCUAUGGAAUGCAGUUAAAAACUCAUAAGGGAAUAUACUUCAUGUUGUCAUCUUUUAAGAGGUGCGAAGAAAAUUAUCAAUGCAAAAGCGUGUACAGGAUACGAGAUUAGGUUGAUAAAAUUCGGAAGAUUCUUUCCUUCUUGUCGCAGAAAAUCCUUCAUUGAAGAUGGAACUCGUAGAUCUCCGGAAAACUUUCACAAGACCUUUACCGAUUCUCCAUAAAGAGCUGCAAAACUUAAGAGUAGGUCGAAGCUUAUGCGAGAUGACUCGCUCGAAUAAACAGAACUUACUCAUUAUGUGACAGGAAUUGUACUAAUAAAGUCGGUUCAGUAAACGGUCAGAGGAACCAGAUUGAGAUCCUACGUUAGACCUCAAGAGGCGUUCAGAGUGAGUCAAAUCAAAGUUCAGAGCUAGAAAUAACUUAAUAACUGGUCCCAUUGGCACUAGACCUACUUUGGUAUCACAUAAAGUUUUCACAUGAGAUGAUACCUUAUUUGACGCCAUGAGUUCCUUGGGCUAUUUGUAUUUGAGGGUCUUAAUCGAGUGUCUUGGUUGUAAGCGUUUGGUCGUCCAAUUCUAAGCAUAUUU